UAAAGUUCCAUUAGUGGUUCCACUUCUGUCCUGAUGAACCCCGGCAUCAUUAUUCGAAUCGUUAACAGUAACCGCUGGAGAUUUACACUGAAUCUGGCUGGUUCUCUCUUCUGUUUCCUCUUGGUCCAUCAGGUUGAAAGCUGGCAGUCUCGCCAUUGCUGAUGUUGAGGAUCUCACCUUGGCUCUCAGUACAAACCGCUCACUGACGGAGCUGGAGCUGGACCUGGCUUGAUAAUGACCUGGGAGACUCGGGAGUGAAACUGGUGUCUGAGGCUCUGAGGAACCCGGAGUGUAAAAUACACAAACUGGGUCUAUGGUGUGUCGGUCUCACAGCUGCUGGUGUUGUGGAUCUCGCCUCCGCUCUCAGUACAAACGGCUCACUGAUGGAGCUGGACCUGGGUGGUAAUAAACUGGGAGACUCGGGAGUGAAACUGGUGUCUGAGGCUCUGAGGAACCCGGAGUGUAAAAUAGACAAACUGGGUCUACGGUGUGUCGGUCUCACAGCUGCUGGUGUUGUGGAUCUCACCUCCGCUCUCAGUACAAACCGCUCACUGACGGAGCUGGACCUGGCUUGGAAUAAAUUGGGGAACUCGGGAGUGAAGCUGGUGUCUGAGGCUCUGAGGAACCCGGAUUGUAAAAUACACAAACUGGGGCUGUGGGCUGUCGACCUCACAGAUUCUGGCACCAAGGAUCUCGUCUCCGCUCUCAGUACAAACCGCUCACUGACGGGAGCUGGACCUGCGAUCAAACUCCCUCACAGACCGAUCUGUCCCCGCUCUGCGCCGUCUCACACAGACCCUCCCGUGUCUGGAGUGGCUCAGGCUGGAGGCGAAUGGGUUCAGUUCAGAUGGAAGGAAUCAGCUGAAGUUGCUGGCUCGAAGCAGAGCCGGACUGGGAGUGGACCUGUGAACAUCCCAACGUGUGAACAGCACCGCCCCGGGACUGGAACACUUCUGUCCGAUUUCCCGCCCUCCCCUUUAAACCCGAACGUCACAGCUGGAACCGAGCGAGUGUGCCCUCCCGUUGUGGUGUCAGACGCCCAGUCCCGGGACAUGUGACUCGGCCGCCCGGUCGCAGGGUGCUGCUUCCAUCAGAUGUCCAGGGCUGGAUGUUCCCCAGUGCACAGGCAGGAAGGGCCCAGGGUGGGCUCAGUCUGGGCCACAGGGGGACACCGACAGUCCCACUCAGUGUCCCUGGGGCCGGGCUGGUGCAGGGAGGGGACAUCUGGGGGUGGAGUAGCAGUGAAGCGGGAGCGGGAUUUUCACUGCACCCCGUUCAGUAGCCGGUGAUAGAAGGAGCGGCUCAUCGACUGGCCCAAUAAAUGUGCAGCAAUCUGGGACUCUGCCCGGUGUUAUCAUUUCAUAAUCAGCAGUGUCCCAAAUGAUGACUGACAGCGAUACACAGGGCUGGUCACACAGUGUAUCACCUGGAUCAGUUGUGUUACCCAACUGUCUGCAGGGAUUGGGUCUCACACAAUAUUACCCAGGGUUUCAUUUCACUAUUUAUUGCUCCGAGUCUGUCACCAUGAUGUGACUGAGCUCAGUGAACCGUUGUUAUUUCAGCACUUGUGCCUGGGAGCUGAUGGUUUGGGAUGAAAUCGUUAUCUCCGUCACUGUGGGGCCCGACCCUGCCCGAUGCAGCUGAACGAUACUCACCCUUCGAAAGACAACUGCUAGCCUGCUGUGGGGCGUUAGUGGAGACAGAAGCCUCCACAGAGGGGAGCCGGGUCACCUUGAGACCCGACCUCCCCACUGUGACAUGGGUGCUCUCAGAGAGCUCAGAAAGGUGGGAGGCAGCAUAAAGGAAAUUACAGACCUAUUAGUCUGACGUCGGUGGUGGGAAAGUUAUUGGAAUUGAUCCUCAAGGAUGAGGUUAUGGAAUCCCUCGAGGUGCAAGGCAAGAUAGGUCCAAGCCUGCAUGGUUUCAUGAAGGGAAGAUCCUGCCUGACCAACCUAUUGGAGUUUUUUGAAGAUAAGGGAGAGGCGGUAGAUGUUGUGUAUUUAGACUUUCAAAAGGCCUUCGACAAGGUGCAGCAUAAGAGACUGAUUAAUAAGAUGAGAGGUCAUGGAAUUACAGGUAGCAUAACAGAAUAGGUGGAGCAUUGGCUGGUUGGCAGGAAGCAAAGAGUGGGAAUAAAAGGAUCCUGUUCUGGUCGGCUACCGGUUACUAGUGGUGUUCCGCAGGGGUCGGUGUUGGGGCUGCUCCUUUUUACCUUGUACGUUAACGAUUUGGAUGAUGGAGUAAAGGUUUUGUGGCUAAGUUUGUGGAUGACACCAAGAUAGGCGGAGGAGUAGAGAAUAUUGAGGAGACGGGAAGGUUGCAGAGAGACCUAGAUAGUUUAGGAGAAUGGGCAAGGAAAUUGCAGCUGAGGUUCAAUGUUGAGAAAUGCCCGGUUGUACACUUUGGAAACAGAAAUAAACGGGCAGGUUAUUAUCUAGAACGAGAGAAAAUUGAAAGUACAGAAGUACAAAGGGACUCGGGGGCACUCGAGCAGGAUACCCUAAAGGUUAACCACCAGGUCGGGUCGGCGGUAAGGAAAGCCAAUGCUAUGUUGGCCUUCGUUUCGAGAGGUAUCGUGUAUAAAAGUCGGGAGGUGUUGGUGAGGCUCUACGGGGCACUGGUGAGGCCUCAUUUGGAUACUGUGCACAGCUUUGGGCCCCACAUCUUCGGAAGGAUGUGCUGACGUUGGAGAGGGUUCAGAGGAGAUUUACGAGGAUGAUUCCCGGAAUGAAAGGGCUUACGUAUGAUGAGCGUUUGUCGGCUCUUGGACUGUCCUCACUGGAGUACAGAAGAAUGAGAGGGGACCUCAUAGCGACAUUUAAAAUGUUGAAAGGACUGGCCAGAGUAGAUGUGGCCGAGCUGUUUCCCUUGGUGGGUGAGUCCAGGACCAGAGGGCACAAUCUUAGAAUUAGAGGGUACAGGUUUAAAGCGGAGAUGAGGAGAAAUUUCUUUAGCCGGAGGGUGGUGAAUUUGUGGAACUCCUUGCCACGUACAGCAGUGGAGGCCAGAUCAUUGGAGGCGUUUAAGGAAGAGAUAGAUAUCGAAUUAGUCGGGGUAUCAAGGGAUAUGGAGAUAAGGCCGGAAAUUGGGGGCUAGAAUAGUUUUUUUUGCUCCCCCCCCCCAAUUUCUCAUUUCUUUUUCCCCUUUUCUUUGGAGCAGACUCGAUGGGCCGAAUGGCCUACAUCUACUCCCUUGUCUUGUGAUCCAGCAGGGUGGGGAGGGCACAGCCAGCCUCAAUCGUGAAGUGGUACAUGGCAGAACGAGCAAGUAAGGGUCCAGUGGGACGGUGAAUUAAACGCACAUAGAGCCCACGCACGUGUGAAUGAGUGCACAGAGACCCUCGACCCUCCCAUCCCAGUGCCUGUUACAUGGGGCGUGUAACACUCACCAACUUUUACCGAUGCACCACAGAGAGCAUCCAAUCCGGAUGCAUCCCGGCUCGGGACGGCAACCGCUCUGCCCGGGACCGCAAGAAACCGCAGAGAGUCGUGGACACGGCCCAGCGCGUCACGGACACCGGCCUCCCCUCCGCGGACUCUGUCUUUACCUCUCGGUGAAGCAGCCGGCAUCAUCAAAGACCCCACCCACCCGGGACAUUCUCUCUUCUCUCCUCUCCCAUCGGGUAGAAGAUACAGGAGCCUGAGGGCACGUCCCACCAGGCUCAAGGACGGCUUCUACCCCACGGUGAUGAGACUAUUGAACGGUUCCCUUAUACGAUGAGAUGGACUCUGACCUCACGAUCUACCUUGUGGUCACCUUGCACCUUAUUGCACUGCACUUUCUCCGUAGAUGUGACACUUUACUCUGUACUGUUAUUGUUUUUACCUGUACUACCUCAAUGCACCCUGUACCUGCUCGUGUGGUCCGCUUGGCGUGAUGAGUUGCCGAGCUGUGGGGCCUCAAGCCCACAAGGAAAAGGUUGUGACUAACUGUGAAGGAUGCAUUAACCUGUCUGGCUGCACACAGCAGCCUGGGCUUGACCAACGGCAGCAUGAGCUGGUGAAGCAUACCCAAAUAUGGGUAUGCCUGUGCAGUAGAUGGACACCUGCCGGAGAACAACGUAUUUAAGUUUGUUAGCACCCUGUAUUCUUUGAGUCGGGCCACGUGCAGGGAAGAGCAGCACUGACUGUUUGUUCCUCUGUGUACCCCCCACUCCCGCUAGCAUUAAACUAAUAAAGCAUUAACUGUACGCUCCUUGGUUCUGCUGUGGUCUGAUAUGUCACAGUGCGGGUCAACUUUCAUGUUGGCGUAGUCGGCAGGAUCUCGCUGGAAUACCUGGACACCUCCGGACUGAGUAAGUGGCAGGCGGCACUCGGAAGGUCAACGGGAGAAAUAAAGGCGCCUUCAGACCCCUUGUGACUGACUCCUACGU